CAUGGCUAUUUCUUUCACAAGUUCCUCUUUAGUCUUAUGCACCAAAAGCAGAGAGGUAGACCUGUAUAUACUGAAUUCCAGUUUGGCUUUCGGUAGCCUAGAGAAUGCCGUUUGGUUCAAAUAUUCUGUAGAACUUAUUUUUUAACAAGGACGGCUAUUUUUUUUCAUUCUUUUUACGUUAGGUCUAAAACAGACAUCGACAAUGCUAUUUCGUUUUAAAUAAGCUAACUACAAAUAGUUAUUAGGUGGUUCAAGCACUUUUAAAACAACCAGCAUUUAAUAUCGUUCGAAGUGUGCUGAGUCACCUUUCUUCUAAUAUCAUCCAAAUUUUAACAUUCAAAAGCACACUGUGAGUGAUAUGGACCAAACACCAUGCGGUGUUUCCGUCUUUAUCAAACUUUUAUUGUCAGUAGGCCCUAACAUUGUUCUUUUAUCUGUUACACUGAGACAAAAGCACUCGUAUCUCUGGUGUAUCAGUACUUUCUAACAGGUCAUCGAUAACGGGUAAGUUUAUCACAAGCCGCAAAGGUCGACUGGACGAAUACUAAAUUUUUAGAAAAAAGCGCCUGUUGUUGGUGUUUGAGGGACAAUAAAAGUAGAGAUAAAUAACAAAAAUAAUAUAACAACCUCCCGGAUAUUUUAGUACUCUGGUUCAAGUCGAGAUGUGACAAUUUGGCAAAAUGUCGGUUUUUGAAAGUGAUGUUACUCCCGGAAAUAUAUUUAAUAUACUUUAGUUUUAUUUUGCAACACUUCUCAGAUAAAAAUAUUGACAUGUUGAUUUUGUGGUGUUUAAGCUUUCUCGUUACAUUGCAGAGGACUUUCGCACAGGCUCAAGUGAGCGGCAAUGCCAUCGACCUUGCCAACAUGAACAUGAAUAUGAUGCACAUGAAGUGCCCACUAGAACCCUGUCAGAGCGUCUGUCUGAAGAAACAGCCAGAAACCGGAUGUUUUAUUUGCGACCCGAAGUGCAACACCGGUAGCAGUCUAGUAAUGCCAGAAAACGGGUUGCCUAUUCAUAUGCAGCCAAUAAAUGCAGGUCAAACUGGAUUCUACAGCGGCUGCGAACAUGACAACUGGAUGCAGUGUCCGGUGUCCUGUCAAAGAAAGUUUGACCAAAAAGGGUGUUUUCAGUGCCAGUGUCAGUCCAGCGGUGGGUUUCAAGCAUCUACAAAAAUGGUACCGUUGCCAGUAGUAACCUCUUCCAAACCCGUGUUAACAAGUACACACGUGAAAAAUGAACAAACAACAAGAAUAUUUCCGUCGCCGUCAUCACCACACAGCACUCACGUUGCUACAAAAAGGCCGCCUUCUACAACACAAUUAACAACAGAAAAUGUUUCAACAAAGAAAUCCGUUUCCAUGGCAACCAAAACUGUAUUUACCUCAGCUGCAACCAAGUUAUCUCAAGAUGACGCCCGUCAAACUAAAACUCAAGAAAACCAAGUGCAAACCCAAACGCCAAGUUACCAUAGCAACAACGGAAAUAUUUCAACUACAAUAUCUACAGAUAAUGAAAAAACUCCUGGUAAACAAAAUAUGAAUUCUUACAAAAAUAACUUUAAACCAAAUGAUUUGACAUUUGUAUUAUUCGGCAUAAUGAUAGUCCUGUUAACGUUCAGCGUAGUGUUUUUCGUGGCUUGGCGAAAAUCAUCUAGAAAACUGAAGAAAAACAAGGACGAGUUAUAUUUUGUUCACAAGGCAUAUAGACAGGAUUCAAGAGCUCAUUUAUCUCACAACGAAAUGAUGGACCCCGUUUACGCUGACAUCAGUCCUAGACCGGAGCCCCCGCCUCGCAGUCCGCAAAGCAUGGGAAGUACUGAAACUAGUGACGGACCUAUAAGAAGUUCGUCACAGAGUAGUGAAACACCCCUGAAAGAACAUUUUGAAGAUUUGAAACACGACUAUCUAGAACUAAUUUAGUGAAAAUGAUCUUUGAUUGUUACAUGUAUUUGCCUGAAUUCAAGAUUUUAUGAAAAAAGAGGUCUAAAGUUUGCUCAAUAUAUUUGUGUUUUGUGUGUCGUUUUGAUACUAGUAAUACGAGAUAUCAGUGUAUUUAUUAAAAAGACAAUAUGGUUAAGGGUGGUUUCUUGUUUAGAUUAUUGAACGCAGCCAAAUCAUGCUCGAAACACCUUGUAAAUCCGCCUACAUGAACAAAGGAUUCAA